AUGACUAUAGGAUCGCAAAUUGACUCGACCAUCGCUCAGAUCUCGCGCGUCUUCAGCAGCCAUGCGCCCAAUGGCGUACAAGGGCCGUACACUGGUCUUGCCGGAGCGGUAGCGCUGGUUGCCGCCAGUGGCUACCUCUUCCUUCCCAAGCUGGAUCGCUCGACCGUGGCCGCAGUCAAAGAAGCACCAGAGCUAGACAAGGAGGGCGCCUACCCAGCGGACGUCUACCCGGGUGGGAAAUUCCUAAAGACGCCGCUAGGCAAGAUCAGAUACUACGAAUUCGGUCCAGAAGAUGGCGAGAAAGUCUUUCUCGUCCACGGGAUCACUACACCAAGCACAGUCUGGAAGAACGUCGCUCCCAGGCUCGCAGAAGCAGGCUAUCGGGUCCUAUCCUUUGACCUCUACGGCCGUGGAUAUUCGGACUCGCCCCAAGUGCCCCACAGGGUGGAUCUGUUCCUGAGCCAGCUGUCCUACCUAGUCGCUGCGCUGCCUGGGUGGAACUCCUUCAAUCUCGUGGGAAUGUCGCUGGGAGGUGCCAUUGUCGCAAACUUUGCACACUACUUCCCCGACCGUGUCAAGAAGGUGGUGUUGAUCUGUCCUGCUGGAGCUACACCUCGCGAAGCCAUUGGACAGGCUGGUAGGCUCUAUGCAAGCAACUACGUAUCUGUGGGCGUGAUGCAGACAUUGACCAAGAACAUCGGGCUGGGUCUGCCGCUGCCUGCCAACAACCCUAUCGUGGCUUGGCAGCUGACUCGCCAUCCCGGCUUCCCUCACAGCUACUUCAGCUCUUUCCGGGAAGGCCCCAUCUUCGACCAGGCAGCUAUCAUGAAGUCUGUCAUUCGAUCGUUUGGAGGGCGCCUGUCUGCUAUCUGGGGUGAUUACGACAGUAUCGUCCCGAUGUCGUCGAUCGACCACUUGGGUCCAGAGGGCGAUGAGCUGCGCAAGAGAUUGACAGUGGUUCCUGGAGGAGAGCACUUCAUUGUCGUGACUCAUCCGGAGGCAGUUACUAAGGCUCUCUUGCACGACCUCGCAGCAUAGGGAAGCUUGUGUAAGGCUGUAUGUCUCUAGUGGUAUGAGAACGGUAUUGUGAGCUUGGCCGCCGGCUGAGCGGGUCGGACCAUCAGACUCGAUUGUCAUUGAAGUCUUUGUAGCGGG